GUUUUUGUGUCCAAAAAAAAGCUCUCAAUAACACAUCUUGAUUGUGGCUCUAAUAACCCUACGAUAAAGCUUUUGUACGAUGUAGCAAUGGGUUAUGUUCAACGUUUAUUUGGUGAGGAAACAGAGAAAGCAAAAGCCAUUCAGUCCAUUUGGGAUAACACGAAGAGCCAGGUCGAGAAAUGUCAACAAUCCGGCUGUAUUUUAUAA